AUGGCUCCUAAUGGAAACAAAGAUUUCCAGCUUGACCUGAGCACCUCCUUUGGCAGCCCUGAAGUUCACCUCCAGAGAAGCUGGCCCAGCAGAGACCCCUGGGAAGAGGAGUGCAGAGUCGAUAGGGAGGUGGAAUUUUAUGGCUGGAAAGGCAGAGCUGGAGCAGUGGGGAGAGUUAUAGAAAGAUUAAACGAUGAGUGGACUCCGACAAAGCCUGAAAGUCCUUUUAAACUGGACUCUAUGUUAGGCUACAGCCCAUUCCAGCAACCAGCCUCCACUUCCAUGAUCACAUACUCCUCAGUCUACAGCGGCCUCCAGCAUCCAGCCAUCUGCACCACGUCAUACAGUAUGAGCCCUCCUGCAGGGGUUAUGAUGUGGGGUCGAAGCCAAAGCAGUGACAUCUGCUCCAGCAACAGUGGAGAGACAACAACAGUGUCAACAAACUACGGCUCUAAAUGCUGGUUAGGGCGAGAGAGGAAGAGGAGUGGAGAGGUGGCAGAUUUGCCUGGGGCAGGUGAGCGAUUUAGUCUCUCUCUGGUAUUUUACUGUUUUGAGGACAGUCUGAGUAAAACAAGUGAACCAAGACACCCUGACAUCCAUCACUGGUUUUUGGAUCCCGUUUUGAGGUCUCUGGCGGCAUUUUUCCUGAUUCAGAAGUGUGGUUUUUACACAUCCACCUUAAGCGCUCACUGGAAAAGCAACAAUUGA